ACGGCCCACCUGCCCGCCGCGGGUUAAGGCUGGGAGGCCGCAGCCCGCGGCGAGGGCUGCCGCACAUGCGCCUUGAGGGAAGAUGGCACCUGCCGGCAGUUGCAGCGGCUGCGGCUGCUGGGGCGGCGCUGUGGCCGCCGCGGGUGCCGCCCGGCGUGUCUUGGUGCUGCUGUUGCUGGGGGUCCUGUCCGCCGGGCCGCGCCUGGGCGCCCUUGCCACCGAGCACUACUCGCCGCUGUCUCUGCUCAAGCAGGAGCUGCAGCACCGGCAACAGCAGGAGGCCCCGGCGGGCGGCGGCUGCAGCCCGCAGUCCGGGGACUGGGGGGACCAGUACUCGGCCGAGUGUGGCGAGUCAUCCCUUCUGAACUUCCAUGACUCAGACUGCGAACCCAAAGGAUCGCCACCCUGUGACUCUUUGCUUUCCCUCAACACUGAAAAGAUUCUGAGCCAGGCCAAGUCUAUUGCAGAACAGAAGAGGUUCCCGUUUGCUACUGAUAAUGACAGCACAAAUGAAGAGUUAGCUAUUGCUUAUGUGUUGAUUGGCAGUGGUCUCUAUGAUGAAGCAAUAAGACAUUUUUCAACAAUGCUUCAGGAGGAGCCUGAUCUGGUUAGUGCAAUUUAUGGCCGAGGGAUAGCCUAUGGAAAGAAGGGACUACAUGACAUUAAGAAUGCUGAUCUUGCUCUGUUCGAACUGAGCCGAGUAAUUACCUUGGAACCAGAUCGUCCAGAGGUAUUUGAGCAGCGAGCAGAAAUUCUGUCCCCUCUGGGACGAAUUAAUGAAGCAGUGAAUGAUCUCACUAAAGCUAUCCAACUUCAGCCCUCAGCACGGCUGUACAGACACCGGGGGACCCUGUACUUCAUAUCAGAGGACUAUGCAACAGCCCACGAAGACUUUCAGCAGUCCUUAGAACUGAACAAAAACCAGCCUAUAGCUAUGCUAUACAAAGGUUUAACUUUCUUUCACAGAGGACUUUUGAAGGAAGCUAUUGAAUCCUUCAAAGAAGCUUUGAAGCAGAAAGUUGAUUUUAUUGAUGCAUAUAAAAGUCUAGGACAGGCCUAUAGAGAACUGGGCAAUUUUGAAGCAGCCACUGAGAGCUUUCAGAAGGCCCUGCUGCUCAACCAAAAUCACGUCCAGACCCUCCAGCUCCGGGGAAUGAUGCUUUAUCACCAUGGCAGCCUUCAGGAAGCCCUUAAGAAUUUCAAGCGGUGUCUGCAGCUAGAGCCAUAUAAUGAGGUGUGCCAGUACAUGAAAGGACUCAGCCAUGUUGCAAUGGGACAGUUUUAUGAAGGGAUAAAAGCACAGACUAAAGUUAUGCUAAAUGAUCCUCUUCCAGGCCAGAAGGCCAGCCCAGAGUAUCUUAAAGUGAAAUAUCUCCGAGAGUAUUCUCGGUAUCUUCAUGCACACCUUGAUACUCCUCUUGCGGAAUAUAACAUUGAUGUGGAUCUGCCUGGAAGCUUUAAAGACCACUGGGCUAAAAAUCUGCCUUUCCUCAUAGAAGAUUAUGAAGAGCAGCCAGGGUUGCAACCCCACAUAAAAGACGUGUUACAUCAGAAUUUUGAGAGUUAUAAGCCUGAGGUACAAGAGCUGAUUUGUGUAGCUGAUCGUUUAGGAUCGCUGAUGCAAUAUGAAACACCUGGUUUCCUGCCAAACAAGAGAAUACACAGAGCCAUGGGUUUGGCAGCCUUGGAAGUCAUGCAAGCUGUACAGCGUACAUGGACCAACUCGAAGGUUCGAAUGAAUGGAAAAACACGGCUGAUGCAGUGGAGAGACAUGUUUGACAUCGCAGUAAAGUGGAGACGGAUUGCUGACCCAGACCAGCCAGUGUUAUGGUUAGAUCAAAUGCCAGCACGAAGUCUUAGCAGAGGUUUUAACAACCACAUCAAUUUAAUCAGGGGUCAGGUGAUUAACAUGAGAUACCUGGAAUAUUUUGAGAAAAUUCUUCAUUUUAUUAAAGAUAGAAUUCUUGUUUAUCAUGGAGCUAAUAAUCCUAAAGGAUUGUUGGAAGUUAGAGAAGCUCUGGAAAAGGUACACAAAGUAGAAGACCUUCUUCCAAUUAUGAAGCAGUUUAAUACUAAAACGAAGGAUGGGUUCACUGUGAACACAAAAGUUCCCAGCCUCAAAGAUCAAGGGAAGGAAUAUGAUGGAUUCACAAUCACUAUUACAGGAGACAAGGUUGGCAAUAUACUGUUUUCUGUGGAAACUCAAACUACAGAAGAAAGAACACAAUUAUAUCAUGCUGAAAUAGAUGCACUUUAUAAAGAUCUAACAACAAAAGGAAAAGUACUAAUUCUUUCAUCAGAAUUUGGGGAGGCUGAUGCUGUUUGCAAUUUAAUCUUAUCUUUAGUUUAUUACUUUUAUAAUUUAAUGCCACUCUCUCGAGGAUCCAGUGUAAUAGCUUACUCAGUGAUCGUGGGAGCACUGAUGGCAAGUGGAAAAGAAGUAGCAGGAAAAAUUCCCAAAGGGAAGUUAGUUGACUUUGAAGCUAUGACAGCUCCUGGGUCAGAGGCCUUUAGCAAAAUAGCUAAAAGCUGGAUGAACUUGAAAAGUAUUUCACCUUCUUACAAGACUCUUCCAUCCGUGUCAGAGACGUUUCCAACGUUAAGAUCAAUGAUUGAGGUGCUAAACACUGACUCUUCUCCACGUUGUCUUAAGAAACUCUAGUUACACCGGGGUAUUUAUACAAGGAAAGGGCCGGACCUCUUGCUUCUUAAGUUAUUUUUUAAAACAUGGAAUUAUAAAGAAACUAGGUCCUUUAUUACUUUUGAUACCAAUUUUUGAUAGGAAUUGAAUACUUGAAAUCAUUUUCUUUACUUUUCUGAACCAUAACAAAAAUCAUGAAAGAGAGUUUUGGGGGGAAAAAAGCUGUAUAUCUGAGAAGGAAAGUGUAUGUAUUAGCCAGUGGUCUGUUGGGUUUCCACUUAAAAAGUCAUACAGCUCCUUCAAAGUUUACUUCAGAAACCAAAAAUUAAUAAUUAAAAGGAACAAAACCAACAACAAAACAGGAGUGUUUUCAUUCCUUUAUAGAUUUGGAUAUUUUUCAAAGACUUUCUUUUUAUGUGCAUUGAUAGGGUGUCUUGUUUUCAACUCACAUAAUGUUCCUGUGUGGGUUCUCCACUUUAUUUGAACUCGGGAAGAUUCGUGGCCCAUCAGCGUGAGCCACAGGGCUCACAGCCAGAACACUCAUUUUGAAUGAUGCAGACAGUAUUUGCCGGUGACUCAAACACUGAAUUAUUGAACCAUAUUUUUUUUCUCUCUCUCUGAUGGAAAAAUUAAACAGGGGUGGUUUCUCUAAAUCACCAGUUCUUUGACACUGGA